GUGCGGCCGGAGCGGCGCGGCCGGAGCGGCUGCAGCGCGGAGCGGGGCCGGGGAAGGCUGCGGGGCCGGGGCACCGCUUCGCCCCGGCAGCCGGUGGGUCAGCGGAGGGAGGAGCGGUCGGGCGGGUACCGGCGCCCAGGGCUGCGGUUCUGCCUGCUGAAGCUGGGCAAAAACCUCUGUCGUGUUCCCCUUGGGACGGAUCGGGGCAGGGGCGAGUCCAGUGACCGCUCUGAGGGGAGGGAGGUGCGUGAGGGGCACCCCCGGUUCCACCGCCCGGCAAAGCUGCGGUGGGUCAGGGAGCGGUGUCCAAGGGGUGCUGCCCUGAGCCGGCCUCAUCUGUUGGACAGAACCGCCUUGCCGUGGUGUGACUGGUCAAGGCCAGGAGAUGUCGACCCCCCCUCUGGCCGGGGCAGGGAUGCCGCCGGGCGCUUUCUCCGGGACGCAGGCUCAGGCUGCCAGGGAGGUGAACACGGCUUCCCUCUGCCGCAUCGGCCAGGAGACCGUGCAGGACAUUGUCUUUCGAACCAUGGAAAUCUUCCAGUUACUGAGGAACAUGCAGUUACCAAAUGGUGUUACUUACCAUACUGCAACAUACCAAGACAGACUGGCAAAGCUGCAGGAACAUCUCCGUCAGCUAUCAAUACUCUUCAGAAAACUGAGAUUAGUCUAUGACAAAUGUAAUGAAAACUGUGCUGGGCUCGAUCCUGUUCCCAUAGAACAACUUAUUCCAUAUGUUGAAGAAGAUGGCUCCAAGCAUGAUGAUCGUGGUGCUGCAAGUCAGCUUCGUUUUGCUAGUGAAGAGAGAAGGGAAAUCAUGGAAGUUAAUAAGAAACUGAAACUGAAGAAUCAACAGCUGAAGCAGAUCAUGGAUCAGUUACGAAAUCUUAUUUGGGACAUAAAUGCCAUGUUGGCAAUGAGGAACUGAACAAGGAAAAUCAAUCUUUGUAACUGAAGAGGAUACAAAUCUGUUUGGAUAUACUUAACUUCCUUCUAAGAAGUAACAUGUUUUUCCACAAUUAUAUUGCAGUAAUGUUUGAAAAGUCUCAAAGAUUAAAAUGUUGGGUUGUUUUCUAGUAAUGUCAAUGGGUUUGAGUUUGUUUUUAUAGAAGAUUCAUCAUAUAAGUUUUACCUGUGCGAUUCUGCUGUACAGCCUCAGUAAUUUACAGUAGUAGUUUGGAUUGCUAUGCAGAUAGGGGGUUUUAUAAAUUGUUUCUGGAUUUUCUUUAUAAUACAAUUAAAAAUUAUAAAAACAUAUGUUUAUAUGCAGUUUAUUCUGGAGUGCAAAUAGCCUCUACAGAGAGGAAAAGUUGCAAGACGGGAAAGUUACUCCAGAUAACUAGAGGGCUGAAAUCAGCAAUCAGAUACUGCAAUUCAGUCUGCAGUAUUUUUUAUAUUAUCUGCAGUGCAGAGCAGAGCAGGACAAUCCCCUACCUUGCCCAGCUGGUGAUGCUAGGCCUGAUGCCCCCCAGGACUGGAUUGGCCCUACUGGCUGCCAUGGCACUGCUGGCUCGUGUUCAAUUUGCCAUUGACCAGGACCCCCAAGUCCUUUUCCACAGCUCUGCUCUCCAGCCUCUCAUUCUCCAGUCUGUACACACAGCCAGGGCUGCCCCAUCCCAGGUGCAGAAUCCAGCACUUGCCCUUGUUAAACUUCACACAGUUGGAGAUUGCCCAACCGUUUAAUUUGUGGAGGUCUCUCUGCAGGGCCUUUCUGACCCCAAGGGAGUUGACAGCUCCUCCCAAUUCAGUGUUAUCUACAAACUUAGUUAGUAUUCCUUCCAGUCCUGCGUUGAAGAGCACAGGGCCAGGGACGGAGCCCUGCAGAACCCCACUAGUGGCAGUCACCAGUCUGAUGUGCCCCAUUCACUGUAACGCUUUGUACCCAGCCCAUCAGCCAGUUGCUUACCUGUCACGUGACUCAGUUAUCCAGCUGUGUGCUGGACAUUUUGUCCAGAAGGCUUCUGUGAGAGAGAGUGUCCAAAAGCUUUGCUGAAGUCCGAAAAGAUCACACCUGCUGGCUUUCCUGGAUCACCUAGGUGGGUUACCCUGUUGUAGAAGGAAAUCAGGUUCAUCAAGCAGGACUUCUCCCUCAUGAAGCCAUGCUGGCUCUGAACAGCUGUGACUGGUGGUGUAUUCAUGUAUGGUUGGAAUACUUUGGUUUUGUUUAUCAGCAUGCAUUGAAUAAAGACCUCAUUAGUCUUUUCCCUGUGACUAUCAGUCAUAGUAAACUUCGGAAUAUAUGAGCAGUUCAUUAUUUUGAGUUAAUCAUAAACCUUCAUCUUUCUUUGUUCUAACUUUGUUACUCCUCACAAUUUUUGUUUGCCCUGAAAAUAAUCUUGAAAAUUUUUAUUAUCCACAGAUGCUACCAGUGUACUAUGUGUCUCUUUCUCCAGAUGAAAAGAUACACAAAACAACAGUUUCAGUAUAAAUCCAUAGGGCACUUUUAGUAUUUGUCAGGUUGAAAACUAGCCAUCCUCAGUAUUUGCUUCUUGUGUAUCACUUUUAACUCUCAUUCCGUGCCCAGUCAGACUCCAUAGUAGUUUUGUGUGAAAGACUUGUUCAGAACCUCCUGAAGCAUCCAGUUAAAUGGUAUCCUUUUAAAAGCUACCUUUUUUGCAGUCUAAUGGUUUGAUACUGAAUGCUCACUGAUGUGAGAUUCAUGGAUUUUAAAAUGUUACACUGAUUUUCAUGGAGUCAUAGAAUGGUUUGUGCUGGAACGGACAUCUGAAGAUCAUCUUGUUCCAACACCUCUGACACAGACAGGGUUGCCCAGACUCACUUUGAGCACUGCCAUGAAUGGGACAUCUGCAGCUUCUCUGGGCAACCUGUUCCGAUGUCUCACCACCCUCACAGGUGUUUCGUUGUUCUAUCAGUCUCUUUAAUUCUGUUUUUUUAAUAAUUUCAACCCAUUUGUCUACUCCUUGAGGUAAAAAUCACUGGUAACAGAUCCAGUCACACCUGGUUAACAUUAUGUGACUUUUCCCUGAAAAUAGGUACAAUAUAGUUUGUCUUUUGUUUCUCUUUUCAAAGGCCGUAAAUAUUAACAGAUGAAUGGACAUUCCAGUCUUACAGUUGAAAAUAAAGGGGUAGAAAAUG